CACAUACCAUUCGUAAGAAAAUAUUAUCUAGAUUAAGAAUUAAUCGAAUUUUAUGAUAUGAUAUCCUACCAUAGUCCUUGAUGAGUGAACAAUAUAUCUUAAUUAUUUUUAUAAAUUCUAGAUCAUAAACACUAAGAUAAUGCAUAUCAUUUGCUGGAUGUAUUUUGACUAAUCAUGACCGGAGAUGAUUUCUUCUAAUUUAAUUGAUAUUAGCUAGUGUAUGAGAUUCAUAAAGUAAAGAUCUAUAUUUUAAUUAUGAAGGAUUAGGGUAUUGUUUCAUGUUUCAAACUUCGGUCAAUUCAAAGUCAACAUAUCAUUUUAUCAUUCAUAAUAUGUCACACUUUUGAUUUUAUUCCAACUUACGACAGUAACAUCCAUAUAGUCGUUAUACCAUCGGUGUCAACCAAUCAAUAAUAUUAAAAGUCGAUUACCAUGCUAUGACUCAAUAGAACCAUGCCAUCCAUAUAAGUAGUUAUACCAUUGGUGUCAACCAACCAAUAAUAUUAAAAGUUGACUAAUUACCAUGUGAUGAAUCAAUAUAUCACUUAUUCCACUAGUCGGGAAAAGUCAGCCAAUCUGUAUCUUAUAACGUUUUGGGUUAGUAAACUGUAUAUGAUCCACGAUUAAAUCUCUCCUAACAGCUCGAGUUAUUAGGAUCAACUGGUUCUUGAUGACAUGGUAUCAGAGCCUUCUGUGAUUGUGAGGUCGUCUGUUCGAUUCCCGAUGACCCCCAUCUGUUCCUGUUAAGCACGCAGUGUCCGGACUUGUGCUUGUCCAAACUCCAAGCCUAUCUGAAUGGCUUGAGUUUGAAGAGGGUGUUAGUAAACGGUAUGUGACCCAGAAUUGAACCUUUCUCAACAACACGAGUUAUUAGGAUCCAUUAUUUCUUGACAUUUUUCACAUUUUGGAAUCAAUAAUUUUUACAAAAGUAUUAAUAAAGCAUAUCCAAAUAAACAGAGCUGAUUUUUUCCCCUCCAAAAUUGAGGUAUUAUGCAAAUUCAGUUUUAUUGUCGGUUAAAUAGGCAAUAUCAUUUUUGGGCAGACAUUUGACAUUUCUGUAUCUCGCGACCAAGUUUAUUUCUGUAUUUUUUCCGACUUGAACUCGAUAGUGUAAAGUUGGAACAAUUUUUGCAGAUGCACAGAACAAAGUGCAAGCAGCAGUUAUCAGGUACAGGCUUAGUAAAUGGGCCGGACAGGCUUUUUGGGCCAAGUCCGAAUUUGAAAUAUUUGAAUCAUGGGAAUGGGAGAAACUCCAUUAUUGGAUCGAAUUAAUAAAGGCCGGCUCUCCGGCGCACGGGCCAGGAGCCCAAGACCCAUAUCCGCAAGACAGGAAUAAAAGUAGGGUCCGCGGGACAAACUGCAAAAAAUUCCGAAUAAUAUUUAAAAAAUGAACCGAAAAGGGCAAAUUAGAAAUCAAACAGCGCGAAACGGCAAGGAAAUUUCAUUCAUACGCGCCUCAAAACGACCCCAAUUUCACUGGAGGAAAAGGAAAAUUAUUAAAAAAAAAAAGAAGAAGGAAAGAGUCAAGUCAAACAAAAUCAAAUGGGCGGCCCAAGAAAAUCACAGACAACGCCUUCCACCUAAUAUAAAUACACAAAAAACCCUUUCUUUCUCCCCUUCCACACACACCUCACCGCCGCGCAAUUCCCUAAUUCCUCUCCCACAUUACACGCAACCACAAACCCAAAAUCUAGAGAGAGAGGAAUUCUCUCUCUAGAACCUUCUUUCUCUCUCUCUGCAGUUUCAAUUCCAUCUCCCGCGGGGAGCAGUUUUCUCGGCGGCGAUGGGGAAGUUCGUCGAGCUGCUGGACGUCGCCAGAAUCGUCGGGAGGAUCUACUCCCACUGCCCGCAGACCGCUCGGCUGUACUACCACCCUCCUUCCAACUCCGCCGACCAGUUCCACCAAGAUCUCGCCGGCGGGAGCAGUCAGGCUACGGCGGCGCGGAGCGGCAGCGAUUCGGGUGUGAAAUCUGGUGGCGGAUUCAGUCUCAAGGCUUCCAUGGGAGUCGAUUCCGCCGACCAGCUGUUUCUGCAUUCCGUCUUCUGACGACGGCGGCGUUGGCAAAGGCCAGAUCUAGUUUUUUAGAGGAUGGAAGGAGAAAAGAGGGAGAAAUCGAUGCACUUCGGGAGCAAAAGUUGUUUUUGAUUAUUAUUACCAUUGGCCAAUUGAAUGGAUGAAAAGAGUUUAUUAUUAUUCUUCACGAUUGAUUCAUUAUUAUUUCUAUUCAGUUCUUCGAUCACAUCGUUUUUUUGCUCUGUUCUUGAUUGGUUUGGGAUUUUGCCUUUCUCUUUUGCCGUGUUUGGUGCCAAAUUCGUUCUGCGUGUUGUUUCCAAUCUCCAGGAAGUCACAGGCUGGCUACCGAACCUAAACCUAAUCCGAGCCUGUCGUUAGAGAUUUUCUUUGCAAUGUUUGGCCUUUUUCCCUUUGUGUGGUGUAGUUGCGCCGAAACAGAAGGGAAAUUGGGCCCACUUGAUUUUUGGGUCGAUCUAGUCCGUUCAAUGUUCUGAACCGACCACAAACGGUUGCAGAUAAGCCACUUGGAUCAUAUUAUUUGUCCUUUUGAGGACUGGUCACUUUCACGGUCCGAUUUGAUUGCUAUAGCAUGUGUUUAGUUGCUUAGAUAUUUUUCAAUUUCGGUCCAACUCGACUCGAGCUUGGAUCAUUAAUGAGCUCGGAUCAUUAAUGAGCUCGCAAGCUCUAUAUUCGAGUUCGACUCAUGGAUUUUAGUGCUCACACAAGGUGUCUCUGACAUCGCUAUGUGUUCGGUCGUUCACUGUUGUUAGAUGGCCGCAGAGAUUGCAUUUUAGUGUCCGCCCGAUGCCCUUAUGAGCACCACAAUUGACAAGUACGCCAUCUUAUAUGUGCGGGGAGCGCUAUAAGCACGUUCUUGUCGAUGUUUUAGAAACCUUACUUAUACUCGGUUGGACUAGAAAUGCCGUGUAAUGAAUCUUAAACGUUAGGGGAUUUAACAAAUGGUUGACAAUUUUAGUACAAAAUAUCAUAUUACUAAUUUUUUCCGGUAUAACCUCUUGGAUAAGUGAGUCUCAUAAAAGAGAAACGAAACGUUUUCCAUAUAACGAAUCGCAUUUCAUUACCAGAGCUCCUUCGGCAGGCCUGCUGUGCUCUACAGCUCCUUUCCUGUGUGUUUGGUUCCUAAUUCGGUCUGUUUGUUGUUUCAAUCUCCAUGAAAUCACAGGCUGGCUUCAGAACUUAAACCUAAUCCGAGACGGCGCCUUUCGUUAGAGAUUUUUCUUGCAAUGUUGGCCUUUCCCUUUCUGUGGUGGAGGUGCGCCGUAACAGAAUGGAACUUGGGCCACUUGAUUUUUGGGUCCAUCUAGCCCGUUCAAUGGCCGAAAAAGGUUGCAAAUAAGCUCACUUUGGAUUUUGUCUGUCCUUUUGAGGAGUGGUCACUUUCACGGCCCGAUUUGAUUGCCAUAGCAUGUGCUUAGUUGCUUACUUGCUUAGAUAUUUUCCGGCCCCACUAUCAAGGGCGGAGCUAGCAUUUAGUGCUUCGGGGGCCGGAUUUCAUAAUACAUUACUGUAAAAGAC